AUGGGAAAAAAACGCAAAGAUGGGAAAAAACGCAAAGAUGGGAAAAAAACGCAAAGAUGGGAAAAAAACGCAAAGAUGGGAAAAAAACGCAAAGAUGGGAAAAACGCAAAGAUGGGAAAAACGCAAAGAUGGGAAAAACGCAAAGAUGGGAAAAACGCAAAGAUGGGAAAAACGCAAAGUUGGGGAAAAGGCAAAGAUGAGAAAAAGGCAAAAAUGGGAAAAAGGCAAAGAUGGGAAAAAGGCAAAGAUGGGAAAAAGGCAAAGAUGGGAAAAAGGCAAAGAUGGGAAAAAGGCAAAGAUGGGAAGAAGGCAAUGAUGGGAAGAAGGCAAAGAUGGGAAGAAGGCAAAGAUGGGAAUAAGGCAAAGAUGGGAAUAAGGCAAAGAUGGGAAGAAGGCAAAGAUGGGAAGAAGGCAAAGAUGGGAAGAAGGCGAAGAUGGGAAGAAGGCAAAGAUGGGAAAUACGCAAGUAUGGGAAAUACGCAAGUACGGGAAAAACGCAAGUAA